AUGAUUAUAGAAUCAAAUGUGCCCUAAAAGAUCAUAGAUUUAUACAAGCCUUACAAGAAAUAGUUCGAAAGUGUUAAACAUGUUCUACAAGGGCAUACAUUUUAUUUAGAUUAAAGAUAUAUGCCUAUUGAUAUAAGUGAACAUUUACAAUAUAAAUUAGUUGGUCAAGGGGCCUAUGGUUGUGUAAUACAAGCAAUUGACAAAUUAACAAACAAACCUGUUGCUAUAAAAAAAAUAGAAAGAACAUUCAAUCAUCGUUUGUUUGCUAAGAGAACCCUGAGGGAAUUGAAAAUUCUAAGAUUGAUAAAGCAUGACAAUGUAGUAGAUUUAAAACAAGUCUUAUUGCCUCCGAGUAGAGAAGAAUUUGAAGAUGUCUAUAUGGUGAUGGACCUAUUGGAAGCAGAUUUAUCAUAAGUUAUUAAAAGCGAUUCACUCUUAAAUGAUGAUCAUAUGCGACUGUUUAUUUAUCAAGUAUUGCGAGGUCUAAAGUACUUACAUUCAGCUGGCAUUUUGCAUAGAGAUUUAAAACCAAGAAAUUUAUUAUUGAAUAGAAGUUGUGAUGUGAAGAUAUGCGAUUUCGGUUUAGGUAGAGCAAUAGCAGAAAACAUUCAAAAUAACAUUAUGAUGACAUAUUAUGUUGAAACUAGAUGGUACAGAGCUCCUGAAUUAUUAAUUGGAUAUCAGAAUUACAGUUCAGCUGUUGAUAUUUGGUCAGUUGGAUGCAUUUUAGCUGAGAUGAUUCUCAGGAGACCGUUUUUGAGAGGAGAUUCUACUAAGCAUCAAAUCAAAGUUAUUUUUGAAUUGUUAGGAACACCAAAUGAGCAGUAUAUUCAGUCAUUCCCCGAUUUAAAAGUACAGCAAAAUCUACGAAAAAUCAUUUAAGAGUAUGGGCAUUAAAAUGGUAUUGGAUUGAAUUAGAUAUUUGGACAUAUUAAUUAAGAUCUUCUGGAUUUGUUGAAAGGACUUUUAAAAUUCGAUCAUAGAGAUCGUUUGACAGCUGCUUAAGCAUUGAAACAUUCAUUCCUACAGAUUUUGCACAGCGAGGAAGAUGAACCCAUAUCUGUGCCAGUAAAUCCCUUGGAAUUCGAGUUUGAAAAAUACGAAUUGACCAAAGAGCAAUUGAAAGAUAUGCUUUACGAGGAGAUCUUGCUUUAUCAUUUUUCAGAGUUUAGAAAUUAGUACUUCUAAAAGCUGUAAUCUGGUUAGUCAUUGAUUAGUCACAUUGUAAACAACGAAAAUGCUCGAAUAAUUGAUCCAAAUGCUGACGAUGAUUUUGAAUAAUGA